UGCAGCGAUUGAGUUCAUCUGGGUGAACUGCUAUCACGAAAUGGCAUAGCUGACCAGUAUGCUGACCAGCUCUUGGAGCUCCACAGCCUUGGAGCUUCCUUGCAACCCACAAGGUGUCCUAGCGAUACAAGUUGACGCCCCAAGGAGCUAAACAUUACCUCUACGAUAGAUAUUAUUGCUUCAUGCGCUGAAAAACAUUUCUUGGCUGACGUGCCUUCCAUACGGGCUGGCAUCUAAGUUGGCACUGUUUUUGUUUUCAUUUCUCCUCUUACGCAUUUCUAUCAUCCUACCUAUCAUCAGUCUUCGUACCCUACGCGAUGAAGGCCUUUCUCAUGCUUCUGCCAGGCCUCCUGGCAACAGCAAUGCCGCAACGCGCGCCUGUACAGGCCAUCCUAGGCGCGUCUCACAAAAAGCCCGACAAACACGUUGGCGUCGGCCACUUCAGCGAAUGGAGCCGCGCAACCAAGAAAGAAUUCUUGCUCGAUUGGCAAGCUGGGAAGGUGUCGGAAUGGACGUUAGUGCAGGGCAAUGAGGGCGGUGACAUGGACAGCAUGACAGCGGCUUUGACAUGGGCGUACCAUCUCAAGCAUGCUACUGCAAACACAUCGCACCCAAUCAAGGCCAUUGCACUGUUGCAGACCCCAACUCAUGCGCUGGAUCUGAGGCCAGAGAACAAGCUUGCGCUUGCCAAUUCGCAGAUGACUCCCGGACACGAAGAUCUGCUCACCAUUGACGAGCUUCCCGAGGAUCCCGAUACACUUAGCAAGAAGAUCAAGGGCAUUGUACUCGUCGAUCACGGCGUGCCACUGCGCAAAUGGAGAGAAGCAAAGAUCCUGUCCAUCUUCGAUCACCACAAGGACGAGAACACCGCACCAGACGCAAAGCCCCGUAUCAUUGAGAAAACAGCCAGCUGCACCACCAUUGUCGCGCGCCAAAUGCUCGAUGAGCUCGAGAAUCUCGACCAAGAAUACCACAUGCCGCACGAGCUCCUCGAGCUCAUCCUCAGCGCCAUCGCCAUCGACUCCGGCGGCCUGACCAGCGACAAAACCACACCCACCGACACCCUGACUUCAAAGCGCGUCCUGAAGCGCAGCGCCUGGGCGAAAAAGCACCUCGAUGAUGUAAUGGAAGACCUCGACGACCAGCUGUCCACGGCGCAAAAGGACAUCGACGAACUCGAGCUCCGCGACCUCCUCCGCCGCGACUGGAAGGGCGAUCUAAUCGACACGCCCUCGCCGCGCACCCCUACCGUCAGCCUCGGCUUCGCCUCCGUCCCCUACUCCAUGGACGACCAGAUCACGAAGACGGACUUCGCAGAGCUCUUUGACUGGUUUGCCGUGCACGCCGCGUGGACCGCAGAGGCCGGCGUCGAUAUCAGCAUCUGCCUGAACAAGUACAAGAAGCGUGACAAGAAGGGCAAGAAGCAGAAGAUCCGCGAGAUCGUUCUGACUGUGCGCGACGACGUCAGGGUCGACCAGGACCAGGCCGAUGCCCUGUUCGAGGUUGUCAAGCACGCGCUGGAGAAUAACAAGGAGGGGAUUAAGCUCACUCCGUGGCAUCGCGCGAAUGAGCUGUCGGCUAGGCAAAUGGUUUGGACGCAUCAAUCCGACGCCGGCAGGAAGAUUAUCAGGCCUAUCGUCGAGGAGGCGGUCGUAAACUGGGACUGAAGGUCUUCGGUAUGCUUUGCGCGGUUGAUUUUGAGUGGAUUGACGUACCCUGGACAUCUACAGUGAGUUUUACAUAGUUGAAUGUAUAAAUCUUGGGGAGUGUUAGACAACUUCACAAUCUGUUGCAGCUAAGAUGUAAGUUGUGAAGAUAAGGCUGGGUCACUACAACACCUUUUGCACAUGUCAAUAAACAGCU